AUGUCGAGACUUCGGCCUGCCUCACUGUUCGCUCUUUUCUUGCUUUCUAUCCUUCCAAUUGUCUCUGCCAAAGCUCACGGCAUCCAUGUGCAACUGUCUACUGGUACACUAUCUGUCGGAAAUGGCACUUCUGGGCGUGUCAUGUUCAUUCUCUCACCAAACGGGACUGAUCCUCUUGAUGAUAUUGAUGACACCACGACACAAGAUUACUUCUUCGGUAUGAACGUCAACAACCUUCAACACAACCAUACCAUCAAGCUUUCAGGAGGUACUCGGCGAAACACAGACACUGGCGUUUUCGGUUGGCCAAUUGAGAGUUUGGAAGAUAUACCGGCUGGCACCUAUCGGGCUCAAGCCUUCUUGAAGCAAUACGAUACCGCCAAACGUAGCGAUGGAUCUGUGGUCAGAGUGAAGUUUCCUUGUGGUGAUGGAGCUCCUUCGGUGUCCGGGGCUGGCGAUUUGGCAUCUGAUGUGAUCGAUGUUCAGGUCUCUGGCAAGGCACAAACUAUCAAUUUGGUUUUGAACAACACGGUUCCAUUUCCCGAGAUCCAAGGUCACGAGAUUGGCGGCUGUGCCCAAGGCAAUUACGAAGACACACAGUACCUCAAACACGUUAAGAUCCGAAGCAAGAAACUUAGCGAGUUUUGGGGUCGCGACAUGUACUUGGGUGCGAACGUUUUGCUACCUUAUGGCUACAACGUCCAGGAUAACGCUACUCGUUACCCAGUCAUAUACUCGCAGAAUCAUUGGGCCGAAGGACAAGGACCAGAUUCUUACUCAACAAGGGCCAGCUUCAGGGAGACAUGGGAUACAGGCAUCAUCCCCGGAUCGGCGAACAAAACCAGUCGCGAGACCCCAAAGAUAAUCCUUGUUGCGUUCCGUCACGAGACACCCUAUUACGAUGAUUCUUACGGCGUUAACACGGCGAACCUUGGUCCAUAUGGUGAUGCGAUUAACGAAGAGCUGAUUCCGUACCUCGAAGCCCAUUUCAACACGAUUCCUCAGCCGUAUGCCCGCAUCCAGGACGGUGGUUCAACUGGAGGGUGGAUCUCUGCCGCCAGCGUCAUCUUCCGACCUGAUCUGUUUGGCGCGUGUUUCUCAUCUUACCCAGACUCCUUGGACUUUCACAAACACCAAGCGAUUCCUUUGUAUACCAGUACAAGCGCUUACACGUAUCCCAAUGGUAGCGAGAUUCCUUCGAUCCGAGAAUUCGUCAACGGAACACAGCAAAUCUUGGCUAGUACCGCUACGGAGAAUCAUUGGGAACUAACUUUUGGCACCUCUUCGCGCUCAUCUCUCCAAUGGGACAUCUGGAAUGCUGUGUUUGGUGUCCAAGGACUCAACAGCUAUCCUCUAGAGCCUUGGAACAAAGUCACCGGCGAGAUCUACCCUGAAGCUGUGGAGUACUGGAAGUCAAUGGAUCUGGCUCAUCAUAUCGUGACCAAUUGGAACAGUUCCUUGCGCUUGGGUGAAGUCUUGCGUGAUCGCAUUCACAUCUCCGUGGGCACAUGGGAUGACUACUUCUUGAACGAGGGUGUUGCUGAAUUCAAGAGUCGCGUCGAGGCAUUGGGUGGCUCAGAUUGGGCUACGAUUUCUAUUCUUCCCGAGAAGAUCCAUGGUGGCUUCUAUCGUGAUAUGGAGGCUUGGGAUUACCUUGAGCUUGUCAAGAAAUGGGUCGAUGAUCACGCUCCGAACGGAGCCACACCACUUCAUGCAAACUUGACGACGGCGUCGACACGCGGAAAUAUUUGGUCCGAGGUCAUUGGUCGUGGAGGCCACCAAGCUGCGUUGGCAAGGCAAUCCGACCCUGUCGUCAAGAUUGCCGGAGGUAUUUCAGGUACAGUAGGCAGAUGGGAUCCGGGUAUGAAGCUGGUCGCACGUUGGGUCACCAACAACAUAACGAGCAGCAAGCAUGGAUACACCUGGUUCAAUGUCACGCAAGGUGAUGUUCUGCGAUACGCACCCAGAAAGAUCAGACAUGCCAAAGACAAAGACGAGGUUCAGUUGUGGGUGACUGGACGUAAGAUGGGUUAUGCUGAGGAGACUAGAAAGAGUAACAGAGUGAUCGUCUAG